AUUUUCAUAUGGCUGAUCAACUCACAGACGAUCAGAUCUCUGAGUUUAAGGAGGCGUUCAGCCUUUUCGACAAGGAUGGAGAUGGUUGUAUCACCACAAAGGAGCUUGGGACUGUGAUGAGGUCACUGGGGCAGAACCCAACUGAGGCAGAGCUGCAGGAUAUGAUAAAUGAAGUGGAUGCUGAUGGUAACGGAACCAUUGAUUUCCCGGAAUUCUUAAAUCUGAUGGCAAGGAAGAUGAAGGAUACGGAUUCGGAGGAGGAGCUGAAAGAAGCAUUCAGGGUGUUUGAUAAAGACCAGAAUGGUUUCAUUUCUGCAGCUGAGUUGCGCCAUGUGAUGACCAACUUAGGGGAGAAGCUCACCGACGAGGAAGUUGAUGAGAUGAUCAAGGAGGCUGAUGUAGAUGGUGAUGGUCAAAUUAACUAUGAGGAGUUUGUUAAAGUUAUGAUGGCCAAGUAGUGUGUGACUCUGUUUGUGUGUGUUCGAGAUCAUUAUUGUUCUAGUUCUUGUUUUUAAUGUUCUUAUUUUAAAACAAACACCCGCCUCCUUGAAUUGAAAUAUGAUGCCUCCUACAUUAUUCCCCCUCCCCCCCCUUUUUUUUAGUUUUAUUUUCUUUGAUGUUCUUCCUCCUUGAGAUGAACGAAUAUCUUUCCCUUCUUUAUGAUUUGUCUUGUGCAGUUCUGAUAAUCUCUGAAACAGAUCGUUUUUCGUUUCAUCGCAAUACACACUUGUUUUUCCAUUUGAUCGAUAACUGAACAUUGGAGCCUCGGAUCUCUAUUAAUCUUCCUUGAUUCUUUCAUUUUUAACCCUUUGAAUUAAGAAACUUUCCAUUACAAUAAAUAUGAAAGGAAAAUCAUCUAAAUCCUAGUUACUCCCCAACUGAAGAAAUCUUUUAUGUACACCCACAAAACUGAAGACCAUCC